GGCUUUCUUCUCCGCACAGCUGCCCCUCUACUACCCAUACGGCGUGCUCAAGAGGCGGGAUUAGGAAAAUUCUUCCCAAAUUAGGAAGAGAAACAGUUAUUCAGUUCAAUUUAGAAGUGCCAGGUUCCACUAUCCCAGGUUCCCCCCACCCCCUCCAUGUCCACCCCGCGCUUAGUCCUAGAAAGACAAAACGCUAUUCAUCUCCUGUAGAACUGCCAGCCAAAAAGCGUCCAUUCGCGCUCUUUAUUCUGGUCGGCACAGCAGCUAUCGCGGGAUCUACAUCUAGAAACUUGGGGCUGCAACCCAAGGCUCGCGACACUACUUCUGAAGGCUCGGACUAGAACUGCCCAGCUGCCUCCAAGACUUUCUUUUCCUUUAUUACUCCCAGGGUACAGCGCGCCGAGACUACUAGGUUUCAGACCGGAACCGGAAAAUCGGGAGGCGGGUUCUCCCCCAGCCCGGACCGGAAAGCGCCGUUGAGCCCGAGCCGGAAGACGGCCUCGGCCGCUACCCCCACCACGGCUCCCCGGGCCCCCGGGUCCCCGGACUGUCGUUGUCCGGGCUGAAGGUCGGUCCGGACGACGGAGGACGCAGACCUCCGGACUGUCGGGGCGGUCUCCUGACAGGGCCCCCCGGCUGCCGAGAGGGAUCAUGUCUACUGCCUCCGCUGCCUCCUCCUCCUCCUCUUCCUCUGCGGGUGAGAUGAUUGAGACCCCCUCACAGGUCCUCCGCUUCGAAGAAAUCGAUUAUAAGGAGAUCGAGGUGGAAGAGGUUGUUGGAAGAGGAGCCUUUGGAGUGGUGUGCAAGGCUAAAUGGAGAGCAAAAGAUGUGGCCAUUAAACAAAUAGAAAGUGAAUCUGAGAGAAAAGCCUUUAUUGUAGAGCUUCGGCAAUUAUCCCGUGUAAACCAUCCAAAUAUUGUGAAGUUAUAUGGAGCCUGUUUAAAUCCAGUAUGUCUUGUAAUGGAAUAUGCUGAAGGAGGCUCUUUAUAUAAUGUGCUACAUGGUGCCGAGCCCUUGCCAUACUACACUGCUGCCCAUGCAAUGAGCUGGUGUUUACAGUGUUCCCAAGGAGUGGCCUAUCUUCACAGUAUGCAACCAAAAGCUCUAAUUCACAGAGACUUGAAACCACCCAACUUGCUGCUGGUUGCAGGGGGGACAGUUCUAAAAAUUUGUGAUUUUGGUACUGCCUGUGACAUUCAGACACACAUGACCAACAACAAGGGAAGUGCUGCUUGGAUGGCACCUGAAGUUUUUGAAGGUAGCAAUUACAGUGAAAAAUGUGAUGUCUUCAGUUGGGGCAUUAUCCUUUGGGAAGUAAUAACCCGUCGGAAACCUUUUGAUGAGAUUGGUGGUCCAGCUUUCCGCAUAAUGUGGGCUGUUCAUAAUGGUACUCGACCUCCACUGAUCAAAAAUUUACCCAAACCUAUUGAAAGCUUAAUGACUAGGUGUUGGUCAAAGGAUCCUUCUCAGCGACCUUCCAUGGAGGAAAUUGUGAAAAUAAUGACUCACUUGAUGCAGUACUUUCCAGGAGCAGAUGAGCCAUUACAAUAUCCUUGUCAGUAUUCAGAUGAAGGACAAAGUAACUCUGCCACAAGCACAGGUUCAUUCAUGGAUAUCACUUCUACAAAUACCAGUAACAAGAGUGACACUAAUAUGGAACAAAUUCCAGCGACAAAUGAUACCAUUAAGCGCUUAGAAUCAAAAUUGUUGAAAAAUCAAGCCAAACAACAGAGCGAUUCUGGGCGUUUAAGCUUGGGAGCAUCUCGAGGGAGCAGUGUGGAAAGCUUGCCACCAUCAUCAGAGGGCAAGAGGAUGAGUGCUGACAUGUCUGAAAUAGAAGCAAGAAUAGCUGCUACCACAGCCUGUUCCAAGCCUAAACGGGGCCAUCGUAAAACUGCUUCAUUUGGCAACAUUCUGGAUGUCCCUCAGAUCGUCAUAUCAGCAGGCAACGGACAGCCAAGGCGUAGAUCCAUUCAAGACUUGAGUGUUACUGGAACAGAACCCAGUCAGGUGAGUAGUAGGUCAUCCAGUCCUAGUGUCAGAAUGAUCACUACCUCAGGACCAACUUCUGAAAAACCAACAAGGAGCCAUCCCUGGACCCCUGAUGAUUCUACAGAUACUAAUGGAUCAGAUAACUCCAUCCCAAUGGCCUACCUUACACUGGAUCACCAACUACAGCCACUAGCACCAUGCCCAAACUCCAAAGAAUCCAUGGCUGUGUUUGAACAGCAUUGUAAAAUGGCCCAAGAAUAUAUGAAAGUUCAAACAGAAAUAGCAUUACUGUUGCAGAGAAAGCAAGAACUAGUAGCAGAAUUGGACCAGGAUGAAAAAGACCAGCAAAAUACAUCUCGUCUGGUACAAGAACAUAAAAAGCUUUUAGAUGAAAAUAAAAGUCUUUCUACAUACUACCAGCAAUGCAAAAAACAAUUAGAGGUCAUCAGAAGUCAGCAACAAAAACGGCAAGGCACUUCAUGAUUCCCUGGGACCUUGGAUUUGAAAAUUGCACACAGAAAGACUUGGGGGGGUGGGGAGGGCAUUAGUACUUAUAAUUCAUGAGUGUUAGCUUCUUGAUGUGUUCUGAAUGCCUACUCCCUAUAUUUGCUGCAUUUGUUACAUCAUUUAUUUUCCUAUUCUUCUGGUGGACAUGCAGUUCAGUAAUCCUAUUGAAUAACAUGGAACAUCCAUGACUUGAACAAGCAGCAGAACUCAACAUUAAGGCAGAUACAGUGAAUCAUGACUGCAUGCUUAUUGUGUGAAGGCUAGCCUGACAGAAAGAGAAGGUGGGUUACAAUGGCUGCUAUCUUGAAGAUCUUUUGGGGUUUCAUAUUAGGAUGUUACCUCAGUAAGGACAAAACAAAAACAUAUCUCAUCUCAAACAAAUUUAAAAUAUCACUUUUAGAUGAAAAGAAGCAUUAUCCCAAGUUUAAAGACAAAGUACUGUCCUAAAAUAAUUGCAGAGACAUUUACCCUAUAGGCAAGAUAUAAAAUGGAAGGCAAUCUGAUACCAACACCUCUGCCUUAGUGAUUUCCUUCCAUAAUAUUUUUGGAGGUAAGUAAGUAGCUUUUGCUUCACUUUAGAAAAGGAGCAGUUUAGCCUUGUCUUAUUGAACUGCAAUUUGAUGGCGCUACAAUAAGCAAAAUGUCUCUUUUUUAAAAAUGUUUUUAAUUCAGUCUGAUUGUAUGUAUGCAUGGGCUGAAACCUUAGCACUUUUGUGCCUCUCAUAGCUCUUAAACUGAAAAACCUAAUCAAAAUGAUCCCAUCCUAAAUGAUCAUUCUUUCCACAGUAAUAUUUGGCUGGUUUUGUGCUACUAUUCAGAAAGCUUUGGGAAAAGAAGCAGAAUUCCUCACAGAUGCAAUGUUGUUCUGUGUCAAAAGACUUGCACUUGAUAGAAAAAAGGAAUCUACCAAGUGAGGAAUAAAAGGUAAAAGCAAACAGCAUCAAUUCAACAAACUCUCUGUUCCAAAAAUGUGAGUGAUGUCUGCUCCAAGCAAGCCUGUCCUAGAGCAAAUGCCUUAAGAGAAAAGGAUCCACACUUCAUCAGCUAGAAAUGGGGGAUGAGAGAGAAAAAGAGAGAGUGAGUGAGUGUUUGAGUGUGUGUCAGUCUGUCGUGUCCACAAUCAUGUAGACAGAAAUAACUUUAAGGUAGUAACAAAAGAUCAUGGAGCACUUAGAAUUUUCAUAGACAGUAAUGUCUCUUCAGCUGGCAUCAAAGUCAGUCCAAGUGGAUAUGCUAUUAUUCUCAGAUUUCUAAAUUUGUAUUUUCUGAGGAGAAAACUUUUAAAAAAGCAGGUUGCUGUGUCAUCAAAAUACCCAAAAAAUAACUGAAAUUUUUAUUUGAGUUGUUUAGUUAUUCGGAUAUAUUUCAAAUGAGCCUUUAUUUAGUCUGAAGGACCUUAAUGUCAGAGCUGUUGAUUAAAAUUUGAGUCAUAAAAAUGACAUUUUUUCUUCCCAGUAAGUUUCAUGGUAUGUGGGUUUGUGUGCAUAUGCAUGUGUUCAUGUACACAAGCAUUUGUAUAUGUUUGAGAGAGAAAAUAGGUAUCAUAAAGAUGAAAGAUGAUUUGUUACUAAAAAUUGUCAUUUUUAGCUUAAAUGUAUUAUUGGGAAGUCUCUGGAAUCUAAAAUUUCUCUUUUUUUUUAAAUAAAGGUAGGGUUAUCAUUCCCAAAUAAUUUGAUUAGCUAGCCGAAACUGAUAUUGGGAUCAACUUAAGGCCACAUAUAUUUAUAGCAAAAUGUAAUUGGCAGAGAAAAUAACUAGAAAUAUGAAGAGCACAGUUAUCCAAAGCAUUGCUGCUUUCAUACAUCUGUCAGUCUGAUGAAAUGGACUCAGUCCAUGAUCAGUGAUUUUCAUAACAUUUCAAAGCUUGAUGCAUAGCAGCAUGGAUGCAAAGGCAUGAUUUCUCCUGCAUGGUUAAUAACGGCAGAUGACAGAUCAUAUCUCUGGAUAUCAACUGGUUAUUGCUGUAUCACAUCGCCACCCAUAUAUAAAAGGGGAAAUCAAAUUUCUUGAGCUUAUGUGAAGGUCAUGCUAGUUUGAGGACAUGGUACAUAAUUUAAAUGGCCAUUUAGAGCAGUUGCUUCUUUGUUUACAGUCAACUCGUAUUUUUAAGUACUGUAGUUUUCCUAUACAUUGAGUGAAAUUCAACUUGUUUAGUUCUUAAGUAGUUUGUAUUGCCAGUCUAAAGUCGUGUGUUUAUUUUCUUGUUUUUGUUUUAACAUGGGAGUAGACAGUGCCUAAUUAUCCUUGGUCAUGGGAGACAGGGAUAGAUGGCAUGGAUCAUGUAAAUCCCUAUGUAAUCCCCAAACUUUAUGUUAACCAAUCACCACCCUCAAUCCAAACUUCUAAAUGGAAUUUUAUCAAAAAGCCAAAUUCCAUUCUACUUUUUACCUUCUUGCCUUGACCAUCAUAGAUGAGUGAAGUUGAGAAGGAAGGAAGGCAAGAAUUCUAGGUGAUGUACCAACUAAAGGAUUAAACUUUGAUUACUAAAAGUUGGCUUUACCUAUGUAACCUUUGCCUACCAUAAAAUGACCUGUGAAGACAUACUUUGUUCAUCUAAGAUCUAUGCAGUAGCAAUGACUUUUUGAGUCACAAAAGUCAACCACCAGUAUUUUCCUUUUGGCAACAUUAGCAUGUUCAAAACACUUUUGUUAUACAGUUGUUUACAAAUGUUGUUCUUGUCUUUUUUGUUUAAAUAUUUUAACGUGUUGACUAUUUUUCAUGUUACUCUUAUGUUCCUAAUUAACAUCCCUCCAUAUAUUCAUAGAGAUGAAGUAUCUAUUUUUCUUCCUCACCCCACCUCUUUUUAAAUCUGACUUUCACAUCCUUGUUUCUGCCCUAAAAAAUUGAUGAAUUACUACUUAUAUCAUGCAGAAUUUUUAUGUAAGAUAUUGUGUAAUGCCAUUAUCCUUCUGUAUUCCAUGUGACUCUAACCCCAAAAAUGCUUUUUUUAGAUUUAUUUUUGUUUUUGAUGAAAAAUUGAAGAUUGUAAUUCAAAACUUGUAUAUAAAACGACAAGUGAUUUCAUAUGAUAAAGGAAUGAGCUAUGUGGCUUUCUGCUGCAAUAGUGUAAUUACCUUACAAAAAAAGCUAAUAAAAACUGAUCAUUUUCAGUAA